GUCGUUGGUAUCUCUUUAACUUGAGCCCUGGUUUGAUUACAUGUCAUUUGACUGAUUGAUAUCUUUCUGACUAUUUCAAUACUAGGCAGGCCAGAUGUAAUUCAGACGACAUCUGAUGGGAACUCGAUCAAAUUGGCUACAAAAACAAGCGACAUAAUCAUAUUUAGCUGAUGCAUUGGGCAUCCAAAGCAGUGCUCUAUAUGAUUUCACAAGAAUAGAGUGACUUAACACACCUUGGAAGAUGUCAUCACAGAACUCGUCAUACUACGGAAGCGACUUGGUGAAACAGAUGGCGUACAAGUACGGGGACUUCAGCGUCCUCUCCCAGUCAUUCACGAACCUGCUUCCUGUAGCACGUGAUCAGGAAGAUGACUCACAGCAAGAGCUGCAUCAACAGAGUGCUUUAAGUGAUGAAGUCACAGGAGUUGGAGGCGCGACAGAGUUGUUUGAGAAGAGACAGUACGAGCAGUACUACCACUCCUAUGUCAUUCCAUCAAUUAUCAACCGCUCUAAAGCUCUCAUGAUGCCGCCCGAUUACGCUUGUGAAAUGGACGCCUUGAGGAUUUGCGAGGAGCAGCAGAAUUACCUGCUUAAUCAACAAACCACGCUAGAUAGGCUUACUGCUCAAAAUCAAGCAGCUCGCAACGAUAUGGCAAAGAAAAAACUUAUGGAGAAAUCGAGUCAGUUCAAAACAAAACGCAAAGAGAGCGACCAAAUCCACCAUAUCAACAGUCCUAAUCAAACUUCAGAUUUUGAAGUAGCAAGUAGCGAUAUAUCAGAGAGCUCUGUUGAGAAUUCUUCUGAAAGUGGUGAAAAAACAGACGACUCUGUUUCCAAAAACGGGAUGCUAAAAAAUAUCCAGAAUAAAUUGAACGAACACGCACAAGCGAACAAAAGCCCUGGUGAUGAGGCAACGUUGAAAAGUAGCGCCGAGAAUUAUUCAGCAGAUAAAUUAUUAGCUGCCCAAAAUAGAGGAAGAUUUUCGGACAAUUUCGUCAACGAAAGAAGCCCAAAUUUCAAUAGAGAUACAAAUAUUUCUUUAAACAAAGAAAACGAGCAAUUAAACCUAAAUGUACCGUUAAGUGGAGUUGAUGCAACUGUUCAGCGCGAUAACGAAAUUCGUUCAAUUUCAACUCCUGUGCCACCGUUUAGCACAACGACAACGACGCAUAGUUCAACAGUUAUUGUUCAUCCUGACGUCAAGCGAGUUCGGGAAAGCGAAGCGACGAGUCAGCCGAGACCAAUGUCGACGAACUUAGUCAGCAGUACAGGUAUUAACUACUCGGAUUUUGAAGCGGACACGACGCCGUUUGACGUGGCAGCCAUUCAAAGCGUGAACGACUUGAAAGAGCUUGAACAAAUUUUCAUGACUCGGAAUUUUUCUAAUUACGAUUCAAAACAGGGUUCUAAUUUUAACGCCCAAGCGGCCAGCAGUUUACUCUCUCAAGUUGAACCGUUGUCGCAUAAUAAAAUGAGUGGGAUUCAAGCAAAUGGUUUGACAGGUUAUUCGCAUGUUGCAUCUAAUGUUUACCCAAAUUCUCAGAAUCCUCAAAUGUUUUACCAAAAUGGUCUGACUCAUAAUUAUGCUUUGCAUGGAAAUAAUAGCGUAAAUAGUAAUCAUUCCUGUUUGAAUAGUUCUUUGCACACAAAGAAUCAGAGCACAUCAAUUAGUCACGGAAAUGUUGAUUCCCGAAACCAUAAUUUUCCUAUUCAAACUGUUAAUCCUGUAAACCAGAUGUCAGCUUUUGGCAGCGCGCAUUUCAAUCAGAAUCAAGUUAAUGCGGUGACUUCUAGUUAUCAAUCGGGAAAUUUUUCGGCUUAUUUGCCCUUCACCAGGAAAUUCGGCCAAGGUAGCUCGAUGUCUUCAAGUGAUGCGUCUACUGGUGCUUACAAUGCUGUGCAGAGUACAAUUCAUGCAUCUCAAAAGUUGCACCCUGUUUCAAUGUCCAGCUCAAUAGCAAUACCAGCAGCGGCAUCUCAAUUUUUCCACAAUCAGAGUACAGCCAACUCCCACGCUUAUCUGAAUCAAAGUUUGAAUAAGAAUACUGAGAAUAAUUUCUCGUCUGCCGUCACUUCGGGACCAAGAUCGCUCAGUCCGAGAAUCGAUAACCCUCUCAAUUCCGCCACGAACAAUGUGCAUAACCAAAACACCCCGGUGUCACAUGCUCAGUAUCUGACCAAUGGUGCUACGACUCCCAAUUUUACUUCAAAUAAUAAUACGAUUGUGAAUGCAACUGUGACGAUUAAUGGGUCUUUGUCCAUGAGUCAAAACAACAAUGAUCACGUGACUUUUUCUUCUGGGAUGAAAUCAGCGAAGAGCUUGGGUGACUUGACAAGUUUACUUGUGACCUCCGAAGCGCCUCCUGUUCCAGCCUACCAGUCCACGUUUCCAGAGGAAAGGAGGGCUGGUUUUAAUGUGUAUCUCCCUAUGUCUAGUUACUUAGCAGCUAAAAAGUAG